UUGUCCUCGUGUAAAAUUAGACCGGCCGCUGAUGACGGAAACAUAAACACCUCAUUCCCGGCCCCAAUGGUUCCCUCUUGUUCUUGGACGCCAUUCCAUUCACUCUUUUGCCAUGGCGACGUUUAGUUUAUUACAUGCCGCUCUUUUUUUCUGGGUGGCUCUGGUAGCUGCCCAGAGUUCCAGCCUCGAGGCUCUUAAGCAUAAGGGCUGUUAUCGGGCAAGAUCGCGGAAUUUUGUUGUUGGUGGAUUUUCACGAAACGAGGUUCAGCGCCAGAAGUGUGUCGAUACAUGUACCCGGCGCGGUCAGCAAUGGAUUGCGUUCGAUUCUGUCAACUGCUUCUGCAGUAAUGCCGCACCUCCGAGUUAUCAUCAGGUCGAUAAUAACCGCUGUAAUGCGCAGUGUGUUGGUAUUUUGAAUGGUGACUGCGUCAAGCAGCCAAGAAACCAUGCCUUUGGGAAGGAGGACGAACUUUUCGCCGUUUUCUCCAUUCCUUCUAUGGCCAAUGACGAAACAAAUGCACUGCCAUCGCAUCACAGGCAGGGACCAUCUAUUCAGAAAACCGAACCUAAGCAACUCGCGACAAACCGUGGCAAGGUUGGCAAGAUCACGGCGCAGGGAUGCUAUCAUGUUACGAUGCGCCCAACAUUCCGUAAGAGGAUGCUGAUUCGCGACGAUGACACCCGCCGCGACUGCGCUAAGGCAUGCGCUGAGGAUGGAAAACCUCUUGCUUUCAUCAGUGGAAACGCGUGCUACUGCGGUAGAAGGUAUCCCCGACCAGACUCUGUUGUCGGAGCCUACAAAUGUUACAUGCCUUGCCUGAGCGACGACGACGAUCGAUGCCAGCGCGCAACUCAGUACAACCCAGUUCGCCACAGUCCUUAUAUCGCUGUUUACGACACUGGCCUUGGCGUUGAUGUUGAGAUCCACGAUCCUUUCACUACAUCGCAAAACGCCGAGGAGACAUCUACGAAGCAUACUGAGCCGAAUGGGCAUCCCGGACAAGCUUGCUACAAAACAGUGCCCACAGAUACCGUCUCCAAACCGUUUGCGCGCAAUAGUCCUAUGCUAUGCCACCGCUUCUGUCAGCGAGAGGGUCGUAUGUAUGCGUUCACCCUGGAUCAGAUCUGCCACUGCAGCAAUGAGUAUCCCGAUAAGAAGGAUGAACUUCCUGAUUCUCAGUGUAAUGUUCAGUGUCCCGGAACAAAUCUUUUCAACUGCGGUGGCGACAAUGUCGCUUUCAGUGUUUACAACCUCGGCCCCGAGAGGAGACCUGUCAUCGAGCCUAAGCCUAUAAGACAGAUUGAGCGAUGCUUCUACGAUAUCCCCAUGACUGCAAGCCGCAUACCUCUAGACCCAGGCGCAAUUUCAAAGCUCCCCUCAUCCUGCAUCGACUCGUGCAAAGCCGCAGGACAAGGUGUUGCAUUCAUCAAAGGCUCGCAAUGUCACUGUUCCCAAGGCUAUCCUCGCUCUAGCUCCACAACAGACCUUCGUGAAUGUCAGAUCCCUUGCGCUGGCGACUCUCAGUAUUCUUGUGGAGGCCACGGUGGUACUGCAGAUACUUUUUCGGCAUAUAGGACUGGCUAUGCUGGUGGGAGAUACCGCAUCCAACAAGAAUCCAAUAACGGGGGCAAUAUACAGAAGCCUUAUGAGGAGCCGAGCUUAGGCUAUGUCACAUCACAUGGCUGCUACAAUAUGCAGUCUGCUACCUUGACACACAAGAAGCUUGAGAGCAUGAACAACCUUGAACAAUGCGCUCGCUAUUGUCAGCGCGAGGAUAAGCCUGUCGCUGCUGUUCAGCGUGGCUGGUGCUUAUGCUCUGAUACGUACCCUGCGAAGAGCGCACGGGUCGAUGAUGCCCAGUGUGCGAACUGGUGUCCCGGUUGGUCUCGUGAAGCUUGUGGUGGGAGAAGAGCUUGGAGUGUUGUGAACACAGGAAUUGCCACUAAAGUGGUGGAUGAUGAGCUCAAGAUUGAGGAAGUCGAGCGACCCGUUCAGGUUUCGAAACGCCCAACGGAGAUGGGACUGUCCAAGCUGAAACCCCAUGGCUGUUUCACCCUUCCAGGCUUCACCUCUUCGUAUCCUCCACGGGUCAGGAUCACAGGACCUUAUCGAAGCUCCAACGGAGAUUCUUGCAACCGUCAGUGUACUAUCAAGGGAUAUUCCGUUGCACUUCGCCAUGGAUCUAGAUGCUUCUGUUCCAAUAAGCUUCCAGAUGAAUCUGCGCGAAUUAACGACGAUAAAUGUUGGUUUACGUCCAUUUUUGAUACACGCGAGCAGUGUGGCGGACCAGAUGAUGCUUAUUCUGUGUACCGUCUUGGUUCUAACUGGCCUGAUCCUGAGGAAAAGGAGGUUCCCAAGGGCGAUAACCCCAGUAACUUCCCUGUGAAAAGACCACAGUGUCUGCAUCAUGGCAUGGAGCGCAUCUAUGAGACUUCAUCGUGGGCUAUCACCAAGAUUGGUGAGUUUGCUCAGAACGUUCGAGACGGAUUGGCUGGAUUCCUCGACAAGGCUCAGGAUGUUUUUGAUGCCUGUCUUUGGAGGGUUAUGGUUGCCUUCUCAGAUGUUAUGUAUAGUUUGGGAUGGAGAUCGAGCUCAGGUGAUGUUGAUCUAUAGAAUAUAGCUAUAUAUAAUUUCUUAUGUGGUUUCACACAGAUCUCAACAGUUCAUACACAUGAUGCAUUUCUGCU